UAAAGAAGGAGGACGUCAGGCGCGUAUGACGUCAGACGCUCGUUAGAUCCGUUUCCAUGGUUAGGAUAAACAUAACGGGCCGUGAUUUUGUGUCCGUUUCGGUGCUUUUUACCCGGAGCUAGCGAGCCUGAAUAGCCGCCGUGUCGCCGUCACAGAUGUCCUCCUGCGGCCCUGAAGACACGGCAGCGUACUGGAAAAAUGCCGUAAAACAGGACGAACUGUGGAAAGAUCUGGUGUCCAAAGAGAGGAAGCAAACCCUGCAAUGGGAGGAGACCUGGGGUUUACUCCUGAAAUCUGAUAAACUGCAGGGUGGGCCAAGGGACGAGAAGCCUUUACCCAUCGUCUCGGUCUUCUCUGACUUCUUCCCCAACACCUCUAAUCAGAUGUACGGCGCAAGACAGUUCACGCCUCUGGGGAGGGAGAUGGUCAGACGGGACAGGCUGAUUCUCUGGCCCGGAAGCAACAGACGCAGGAAAAUUGGCUGAUCUGGAGAUGCAGCCAAGUCAAAGCCGGGACAAGUCUCCAAAGCAGGGGGCUGCAUUGGGUUUAAUUAAAGAGAAAGCUAGUAAGAAGUCAAGAAUUAUUUUGUGUCCUGUUAAUUUCUUUUUAGCUUUUGAGAUAAUUUACUUCAUGCAUGGAGAGGGAGACCUGGAUCAGGAAUUUUAAAAAGGAAAGCCACUCCAGACUCAUUAAAUAGGACACAAACAGAUCAGGUUCAUGUCAUUUGAGCUCUGUGGAGCGGUUACACAGAUACCUGAGCUAACUCGGAGGAGUGAAAGGUUGUCUCACCCCGUCUACUCGCUGCUGAAGGACUACACGUUCGACAGGGAAUCCAAGAAAACAAGCGAAUAAGACGAAAUCCAAG